AUGCUUCAAACCAGUCUGGACUUGUUUCUUCUGCUACGCACAUCGUUCGGGGUGUGCAAAACCUCUGGUACAGUUCACCGGCCCACAGACGCGAUCUCGCAUGCACGUACAUGGCUGAAAUUGGAAGAGGUUUGGCAACCGUACGGUCGUCAAGUGGUUUCCGUGUGUAUUCGGGUUACGGAAGACAAGCAUCAGUCAAUUUCUCCUCAAGUUGUUCGUCGAUCUUUGGUCGAUUUGAUGGCUUCCGGAUGGCUGUUCUCUGCUCUCGUCCCGAAGGGAAGAAAUGGUCAGAAAUGGUCUAAUCAUUAUCCGGCAGACGAGUUGGUCCAAGAGAUUAGCACUUUCUUGGAUCUUUACGAACAAACUGUCUCAUCACAACGUGACUCGGACGAUCCGAAGCGUCAUACUGACCUCUCAGACGAGGCCAAGAUGCUUGCCGAAAAUGGAGCGUCUCAACCAAUCACACUACUCCGAACAAAUUGCAAAUCACUUCGGUCCGCUCGAACAGCAAUGGUUGUUGGAUUAUGGAUCAUGCUGUGCUUGGCGGUGUUAAUGAGUGCCGUCACUGCGUAUCUGAUGCGCGGACAGCAACACCGGGAACAACAACCGCAGCAGCAGCGUGAACAACUGCAACACACAAACCAGACGGGAACUCUGGGAACAUCUGAACUGACGAAUGAACACGAAAUAGCUAAACUAUUGGAUAGUCAGGUUGAGGAUGACGCAACUUACGACAGCACUCAUCAGUGCUAG